AUGAUAGAAAGUGACAUUACAUCCAUGAUGUCAGGAAUCAUUAGAAAUUCAGAGCAAAAUCAUCACCCCUCACCGCAGGAAUACAGACUCUUGGCUUCUGCCCCAUCCCAGUUGAGUGAAGACCUUCCAAGCGACUUGCAGUCCUUGUCAUGGCUGACCUCUGUUGAUGUUCCUCGCUUACAACAGAUGGCUAGUGGAAGAAUGGACUUCAGCAUCAGCUCUCAGGAGUCAAUGCUGCAGCAGACAGGUCCUGUGCCAGGUAAUAUGCAUUCAACAGGUGCUCCGGGAGCAAUGAUUCAGGUGCAGGCCAGUCUGCCACAGGGAAUUGUGGGACUGAAUACUAUUACAUCGCAUGGAGCAAACAUGAGCCAGUACACAGUCGGAGGGCAGCCAUCUCCUAGUUUACAGUCCCAGCACCCGCUUUUCCCUGCUCCUCAUUCACAGCAAGGGUUUGCCAUCGCACAGAAUGCGCAACAGUGUAACCCAGCUGCAAUAUACAAUGCAUCCUAUGGACCCCAUCCUCAAUAUUCUCAACCUCGCCUUGCCCCUCACACUGCUCAGGAAGUCCAUCCCAAACAUUAUCCCAAGCCAAUCUACUCCUACAGCUGCUUGAUUGCAAUGGCAUUAAAGAACAGUAAAACGGGCAGCCUCCCAGUGAGUGAGAUCUACAGCUUCAUGAAGGAGCACUUCCCCUACUUCAAGACAGCUCCCGAUGGUUGGAAGAACUCUGUGCGCCAUAAUCUCUCCCUGAACAAGUGCUUUGAGAAAGUGGAGAAUAAAAUGAGUGGCACCUCACGCAAAGGCUGCCUGUGGGCCCUCAACCCUGCCAAGAUUGACAAGAUGGAAGAAGAGAUGCAGAAAUGGAAGAGGAAGGACUUGGCCGCUAUUCACAGGAGCAUGGCCAAUCCAGAGGAAUUAGACAAACUAAUCACCGACAGACCUGAGAACUGCAGGCGGCCUAGUAAACAGGCAGAAUCCGAAGUGUCCACACUGACCCACAUGACCGCAGCCCAAGGCCGAAUCUCCAUCUCCAAGCUGCAGCCCCAGCCCAUGACUCUCUCUCUGCAGUCCAUACCACUGCAUCACCAGAUCCAGACCCAGGCUCGCAUAGCCCCGGACUCACCGGCACCUGCCCAGACGCCUCCUCUCCAUACUCUGCCUGACAUGAGCCAGAGUCCCCUUCCUCACCACCCAAUGAGCCGUGCACCCGCAGACUUCCUGAAUGUGACGGCAGAUAUGAACACCGAAGUGGAUGCUCUUGAUCCAAGCAUCAUGGAUUUCGCACUACAAGGAAAUAUAUGGGAAGAAAUGAAAGACGACAGCUUCAAUCUAGAUACCUUAGGUGCCUUCAGCAACUCCCCUCUCCAGCUCUCAGACUGUGACCUGGGCACGGCUGGCCUCACCCCCGUCUCGAGUGGUAGUGAUUAUUCCUUCUCAGACUUACAGGUCACAGGCCUCUACACUACUUACGCCACGCUGGAUAACGUAGCCUCAUCCCAGUACAUGAAUGGUCAAGGCAACAAGCCCAUUGCUCUGCUUUAA